AGUUAUUUAAAUGCAUUAAAAAUCAAUAAAUGCGCCAGCAUAACGCUUCAUGCUGCUAAACAUAUUGCUGUGUAACUAAUUCAAUUGAAGUUUAAUCACUUGGCGAACCCAAAAUAAAAAAACAGACGAGAAGAGAAAUGUUGCUCCAAUUUCUUAAGUGAAAUCCAAUCAAUGCAAUUGAUGCGCAACCGGAAUUAUUACAACAUCUGUAAAUUGCCCGCAUUCAACUGCUGUUUAUUUUCGUUGCAUUUGUAGCCGACGGUAGACGUGGGUGCCAGCACAAGGACGUUUGACGUCUGGCAGAUUAAGGGCAGACAAAUACUGACGUCAACAGCUAUAUCUAAUUUUAAAUAAACACUGCUGCCAUUAUGAUUCACGUUGGCGAUAAUACAUGGAAUCUGCGUAUUUAUAUAACGGACCUCGCCUUGGAGCGCACGUUGCGCGUGCGCGGUGAUCAGCACCUGGGCAGCAUUAUGCUGCAGCUUGUUGAUCCCGAGAAUCCCAAGGACUGGUCCGAUCAUGCGCUCUAUUGGCCAGCCAAGAACAUCUGGCUGUCGCGAACGCGCGCCACGCUCGACCAAUGCGGCGUGCAGGCGGACAACCUGUUGCACUUUACACCCAUGCAUAAGAUGUUGCGUGUGCAGCUGCCGGAUUUGCGUUACAUUGAUUGUCGUGUCGAUUAUUCGGUGAAGACAUUUGCAGCUGUGGUGAAUCUCUGCAAGCAGUUGGACAUACGUUAUCCGGAGGAGCUGUCGCUGUGCAAGCCGCUGGAGGCCGAGCAUCUGAAGAAAAACUUUGCACAAAUGCCGCAUCUGAAGCGUGUGCCUAUUGCCGAACCGGAUGGCACAACGUACUUGCAGCCAGCGCUAGAUACCAAUUCAUUUGUACCCAUUAAUUCAGCCUUCAAUGGCGGCAGUAAUGGUAGCCUGGACAAACCCUCAUCACCUGGCAUGUUCUUCUGUGCACCGCUAUCACCACACAAUGUGGCCGCACGGCGCUCGCCCACACCAAACCAUACGCCAGGUCAGUGGAAACCCACACACACUGGUUAUGGCACCUAUGAUUCGUCGUCAAGCUUGGGCGAUUUCCAGGAGAACUUGGCCAGCUCACCACACACGCUGAGCUCCGAAAUGCGUGCGCGCCUCUUGCGUCCCAAAUCGCUGGUGGAGAAGGCUCGUCUUAAUGUCAGCUGGCUGGAUAGCUCGUUGUCGAUUAUGGAGCAAGGCAUACGUGAAUACGAUACGCUCUGUCUUCGCUUCAAGUACUACACGUUUUUUGAUCUGAAUCCCAAAUAUGAUCAAGUGCGCAUCAAUCAGCUGUACGAGCAGGCCAAGUGGUCUAUACUCAAUGAGGAGCUAGACUGCACUGAGCAAGAGAUGCUCAUGUUUGCCGCACUGCAGUUUCAGGUGAAUCACCAAGUGCCAUUGCCGCCGCUUGCCAAUGUCGAUUCGGGCAUAGAGAGCUCCAGUCAAGAGAAUGAAGAUGAUGACAUUGACUCCGCCUUGAAUGAGCUACAAAUAACGCUGGAGGGUAAGAAUGCGCAAAAUGUAAACAUAACACGCAUACCCGAGCUCUCGGAUUAUCUGCGUUUUCUCAAGCCGCAGCGCUUUACCUUACGAGGUUAUAAGCGUUACUAUUUCACCUAUCGUGACCUGCACUUGCAUCUCUACAAAAGCGCUGAGGACUCACGUCGCACUGCGCCCUCAAUAAGCAUUAACUUGCGGGGAUGCGAAGUAACCCCGGACGUGAAUCUUGCGCAGGGCAAGUAUGCCAUAAGGCUGGAGGUGUCUCCUGAAGAUCGCCAUGGACCCAAUAGCGAGGUCUGGGUGCGCUGCGAAAAUGAACAGCAGUAUGCCAAGUGGCUGGCCGCUUGUCGUUUGGCGGCCAAGGGACGCUCUCUAGCGGACAGCUCCUAUGACAGCGAGGUCGAUGCAAUUUUGUCGCUGCUACAAAUGCAACGUCCCAUGCAUGGAGUGCAUGUUAACAUUGAUCCACGCUCUGUGGAUGCGGUGGAUUACCUGGCGCCCAAGAUUUUGCGCAAGUUGUCCAACAAGGCGGUGCAUCGCAUAUUGGAAGCGCAUUCCAAUGUUCGAGAGAUGACCCAAUUGGAGGCGAAGUUAAAAUAUAUACAAGCCUGGCAAUCUCUGCCAGACUUUGGCGUUUCGCUGUUUGUCAUUAAAUUCGAUGGUCAUCGCAAGGAGGAGCUGCUGGGCGUGGCACAUAAUCGCGUCAUGCGUAUGGACUUACAUACGGGCGAUCACAUCAAGACCUGGCGUUACAACAACAUGAAGGCUUGGAACGUCAACUGGGGCAUAAAGUGCAUGAUGAUUCAGUUCAAUGAUGAGAAUGUUGUAUUCUCUUGCCACUCCGCCGACUGCAAGGUUGUGCAUGAGUUUAUUGGCGGCUAUAUAUUCAUGUCCAUGCGAUCGAAGGACAACAAUCAAACACUUAAUGAGGAGCUCUUCCACAAGCUGACGGGUGGCUGGGCUUAAAUACUGCUAAAUAAUUGCAAUGAUAAUAUAGAUUUGACAAACGUUUUAUUGUUGACUGUGCCCAUGCUGACCAUACCCAAUACUCACAAUUUUAAUGCAAUUUUAAUUAAUUUAAUUUUUUGUAACCUUUUUAAGCGUUUUUAACUAAUCCCAUGGAUUUAACCUAUUUAUAUAUCCAAAGGCCCUUUUGCCUGCCUAACUGUACUGACUAAGCCUUUGUUGUGGCCUUUUUACAACUAACUCUUAAGCAAUAAUAAAAAAUAUUAGCACAUUUUAACA